UCCCCUCCACCCACCAUGAAACCCCCCAAGCCUGCCCCCAUUGGUCCCGUCCUCGGCCGGCCCAUGGAAGACGUUCGUUCCACCUACUCCAUCGGCAAGGAGCUCGGCCGUGGUCAAUUCGGCAUCACCUACCUCUGCACCCAUAAAUUCACUUACCAACAAUUUGCCUGCAAGACCAUUGCCAAACGCAAGCUCAGCAACGCCGAAGACAUCGAAGAUGUGCGCCGUGAGGUCCAAAUCAUGCACCAUCUCACCGGCCAACCCAACAUCGUCGAGCUCAAGGGGGCUUAUGAGGACAAACAUUCAGUUCAUCUUGUCAUGGAGCUUUGCGCCGGAGGAGAGCUUUUCGAUAGGAUUAUUGCAAAGGGCCAUUACACCGAGAGGGCCGCCGCGGCCCUGCUGAGAACCAUUGUGCAGAUUGUUCAUACUUGUCAUUCCAUGGGGGUGAUGCAUCGAGACCUCAAACCAGAGAACUUUCUAUUGCUUAACAAAGCAGAAGAUGCUCCUCUCCAAGCGACUGAUUUUGGACUCUCUGUUUUCUUCAAGCCAGGGGAGGUUUUCAGAGAUAUAGUUGGCAGCGCUUAUUACAUUGCUCCUGAAGUGCUGAAGAGAAAAUAUGGACCUGAAGUUGAUAUAUGGAGCAUUGGUGUUAUGCUUUACAUUCUUUUGUGUGGCGUUCCUCCAUUUUGGUCUGAAUCUGAACAUGGAAUCUUCAAAGCUAUUCUCGAAGCUCCUGUCGAUCUGAAGAGCGAUCCAUGGCCAAGCAUUUCUGAUGGCGCAAAGGAUCUCGUCAAGAAGAUGCUCUGCAAAGACCCGCAGAAGAGGUUAACAGCAUUUGAUGUUCUCAAUCAUCCAUGGAUCAAAGAAGAUGGAGAAGCACCUGAUAUUCCUCUUGAUAAUGCUGUUCUCAAUAGGCUGAAACAAUUUAGAGAGUUAAACAAGUUCAAGCAAGUUGCUUUGAGGGUCAUAGCAGAAUGCUUAUCAGAGGAAGAGAUUAGGGGCCUUAAAGAAAUGUUUAAAAACAUGGAUACCGAUAACAGUGGAACCAUAACAGCUGAAGAGCUAAGGCAAGGGUUGCUAAAGCAGGGGACGAAGCUCUCAGAAGCAGAAGUUAGGCAACUAUUAGAGGCCGCUGAUGCUGAUGGAAAUGGAAGCAUCGAUUAUAAUGAAUUCAUCACUGCGACAAUGCACUUGAACCGAAUGGACAGAGAAGAACAUCUUUAUACAGCAUUUCAAUACUUCGAUAAGGAUGGCAGCGGCUUCAUUACAAAAGAAGAGCUUGAGCAAGCUCUUAAAGAAAAGGGGUUUUAUGAAAAAGAAGACAUAAGCAAGAUAAUCUCCGAAGCUGAUUCAGACAACGAUGGAAGAAUCAACUAUGAGGAGUUCGCCGCAAUGAUGAGGAAAGGUAAUCCAGAUACGGCUAAUCCGAAGAAGAGAAGGGAUGUUGUUCUAUAAGCAGGAAGAAGCUAAACGGAAAUAUCAAAAAUGGGCUUUUUAAGUAGUUCAAGAGAACAAAAAGUCUCAGAUGUUUCAGAAUGCGGCAAAGUGGGAGGAAGGGUCUGUAAUUAGUGCUAACAUUUUGAACUUAAUUUUUUGUGAUGUUUGAUAAGCAGCAUUGAAACUUGUUCAUUGGCUGAGUACAUCAUCUUCAUAGUAAGGUGAAUUUACUCGGGCGGUUUUCUGUAUCAAUUUUAUUGAUUUCUGC